AUGGUCAUCUCAGCACCUUCCACCCAAUCGCAAACGUACCAUUGGAAAAUCUACGUUGGGAACGCUGCAACGAAGAGCUCGGAGUCCGAUUCAACACCAUCGAUUACUAACCCACCUACUAACAAACACUGGUCUGUGGCUCAGGUUUAUGACAACUGGAUUUACGCAUGGACAUUGCCGCAGCACAUCUCACAAUCAAGAUUCGGUGGAAGGCGGAAACCAUCAAGCGCAUGUACAAUCAUAGCGCUCGCCAUGGCAAGAGUCUACCACAGGUCGGGAUGCGACUGCCAGCAAUGCCCGCUAUCACGCGAAAGAAUGUUCAAGAACAGCGAGCUGAUAAUUCCAGUGUCAUUACUAGCAUUACUAACCAAUUCCAUCGUUGAUGGUAACGCUGUCCAUGCUCGAGAGAUGGCGAAGCGACAAAACUCGGUGGCAAACAGCUUCCUCCCUGCGUUGGACACAUUCACCAUACCGCAGGGAAUCGAAGCUCUUGGUGGAGUGAUCCACGAGAUCGACUACAGGAGUGUGCGAGGCGUUACUUGGAAACUGCUACCGCAGCACAUCCAACACGCAAUCGACAGCGAGUUUAUCGCUCAUCUACCUGUAGUGUUCUUUGUGCUGAUCAUCGUCGAGCGUGCAGUUUUGAUUGUGCACGAAAGGGAUAAUGGUACAAUCGCUAUUCUCGACUCUCAUUCCCAUGUUCAAGGCAGGAAAGGUACAUUCUCAGUUUAUUCCUCCCUUCCUAUGACAAACUACACUUCCUUCCGAAGCGGAACCGUUGCUGCUGAUGCACUUUUAUGCAACGACAGUCGUUGA